AUGAUUGGGCGAAUCGGACUAUGUAGAGUGAUUUCUCGCAAUUUGUCAUCGACCGAAUCCGGGAUUGCACAGAAAUUGACUAUUCAACCGGCAAUUGAGCGAUCACCCACUGAGCUACUAAACGCUCUUUCUGAAACAGUUGGUCCCGACACUACAGCUCCUCAUUUCGCUUAUAUUGAUGACCCGAUCACAAUUCCAUCAACACAGACUGCCAAGAAGACUUAUUUCAUGGCCAAAGAGUUUGGAAAACGAGCAGCCCGAGAACUUGCAACAGAAUGGCCAACGCUUUUUGCUUUUGACAGAGAUCAGCCAAGACUGCCAGCUUUUCGUCCACAACAUCUUGCAGAUCCGCUUCAAGUCGAUCCCACAGAAAAGAGUCUUCUAUCAAUAAUGGAGAGUCGAGAAGUUCAAGACACAUGUAUUCUGUAUGAAAGAAUGCGAUCGGAAAAUGUUGAUGUGAGCGAGGAAGUCCAGCUGGAACUAUUCCGCCUUGUUGCCUACUACAAUUCCUCGAAUGUUCCGUUUGCUGAAUGGGACAGCUGGGCAGGAAUGCGCAACUUUGGAGAAAAUGAUCAUUCUGUCUGGAACUCGGGUGGUGUUCCUGACUUGUUGUUCGAAACUCUUCCAAAAACCGAUGAAACCGUUUCCAUCAUGAUAAGUGGCCUGUGCAAAUUUUCGGGCCACUCCAGUAUGGAAAGAGCCAGGGAAUUGUAUAAAGAGCACCGUGCUGCAAAAGGGAAAAUUCACCGAGAAGCUUUCAAUGGACUUAUCGGAUCGUCAAGCUUCUCUGUAGCAAAGAAACUUAUUCAGGAAAUGGCUGCUCAGAAAAUUUCACCGGAUGUUUUCACUUUCAAUUCUCUACUCACGGCCGCCACAAAAGCUCCAAAGUUUGAAGAUCGUAUGAAAGCCUACACGGAAGUCAUUGGAGAGAUGAAAGCAAUCGGAGUGGAACCAGCUCUCUCGAGUUAUUAUAUCAUCAUCAAAAACCUUGUGGAUUCUAAAAUUUUGGAAAACGAAAAGCGAGAUAACGAAGAGCAGAAUGCAGCCUUCAAACGACAGUUGACAGUUGCUGUAUCCUGGUUGGAUGAGAUUCUGAAUAGAAUAAGCACGAGCAACUUGACACCGGUAACAUCAUCAUGCAAUUUAUUUUUUGCUGAGGCAAUGUGUGUUCUUUAUCGAGCUUCUAACGAAAAACUCGCUGCAAAACUUCUCUCCAUCUACGAGUCCAAAUCUAACGAAGUGAAAAUGCCAUCAUUCACCAUUGAAUCAAUCUUUUAUAACCGCUAUUUGCAAUUAGUCAUCGAACAGACAACUUCAUUGAACAAGAUUUAUGAUUUGUAUACGUCAAUGGUUCCAAGACUAGUUGGUGUUAACAAUUCCUUGAGCUCUCUCAUUUACCGGAAACUUUCGGUGUCAUCUGAUAGCCAUUGGCCACUUCUUCGAAGAGUUAUCAUUGAUGGAAUCACUGCUGGCCAGAUCAUCAACGGAGUUUUGGGAGAGGAAAUGCGUAAAAAAUUGAGCGAUGUUCAGCUGCAUACGUUGGGGACAAGCGAACGCGAGCAAUACACAUCUCUUGUACAGAAAUUGGUAGCUGUUUGGAUUGAAUUUAGUCAGUUCACCGAGGAAAAAAUGCGACGACUUCAAAGAAAGCUGUCACCGAGUCAGAUUUCCGAAUGUGCGUUGCUUCUAACGAGAAUUGGAGAGCAACAAAAAGCAUACGAGCUUCUAGAGCUUCUUCUCGAUGAGAACGCAUGUAGUGGUGAAGAAGCAACCGUUCAUCCUAAAGGGCAUGCAAGGCCUUGGGCGAUGGCUGAGCUUUUCGAAGAUGCGCUGCGCCAAAAAGACACCUUCGGAGCAGCAACAUGUUUGCAGAUCAUGUCACUCACGGCGAAUCGGACAAAACUAGAACCUCUCGCCAAUCGUAUUUUCGAAAAGUGCAAUGUUAACCCAGAGCAAAGAAGAAUUAUUGAGGGUUUCGUACGUCUUCGUCCACAGUGA